UCAUUCUUUUUAUUUAGCAUUUUCAGUUCAUUUAUAUUUGGCUGCUGUAAUUGGUGCUACCUAAAGUAAACAAGCAAAGAAAAAUUGUCAACUUAAUUCUGAAAGCUCAGCAGAAGUUUGUUUCCUGGGUUCUACAGGGUUAUAAAACAGAGAGAAUGUGUAAAUUCACAAAAUUUCACACAUAUGCUUGUAUGAAACAAAAAUAAUCUAAAGGUAAAUCAAAACAAACACUCAAUAAAUAAAAUGUAACCAAUCGGAUGAAGUAAAAAAAAGAUUAAAGCUGUAAAAAUUAAAAAUAUUCGAAUAUUGGAGAUGAUAAACUCUCAAGUUUUAAAAUAAAAAUAGUGAUUAAAAAAUAGACAUUUUCAUACACAGAUGCAGAUAUAGUGGGCAGUUUUGAAUAUGGCCAGCAGGGGGCAGCACCACUCCCUCAGCGUGCGCGUUCCACCAUAGAAGAAGAGUUUUCCUUCAACUUUUUCCAGCUUUUAGCUUCGGCUAAUUAGCAGGCUAACGGACCUGUGUGGUUUUGGGUCGGAACCGGGGCUGACUGUGGCUCGGCAGGGAUGUUCGGGUGUCUGGUCGCCGGCAGGCUCGUGCAGACGGACGCGCUGCAGGUCGCCGCGGACAAGUUUGUGUUCAACCUGCCGGACUACGAGAACGUCAACCACGUGGUGGUGUUCAUGCUCGGCACGGUGCCGUUCCCCGCCGGCAUGGGCGGAGCCGUGUACUUCUCCUUCCCGGAUCCGCUGAGCGGCGGCCCGGUGUGGCAGCUGCUCGGCUUCAUCACCAACGACAAGCCCAGCGCGAUCUUCAAGAUCUCCGGGCUGAAGGCCGGCGAGGGCGGGGCGCACCCCUUCGGCAUGAUGGCGGCGGCGCCGUCGUCCGUGGCGCAGCUGGGCGUGUCGGUGGAGACUCUGGACCAGCUGGCCCAGCAGACGCCGGUGUCCAGCGCCGCGGUGUCCACCGUGGACUCCUUCAUGCAGUUCACGCAGAAGAUGAUGGAGAAUCUCUACAACUUCGCGGCUUCUUUCGCCGUCACGCAGGCGCAGAUGACGCCGAACCUCACGGAGACCUUCAUCCCGUCCAGCUGCAUGCUCAGGUGGUACGAGAACUUCCAGAGGAGGAUGACACAGAACCCGAACUUCUGGAAAAGCUGAGCAAUCCAUCAACCAGAUUAAAACCAGAACAUCUGGAUCUCAGAGGAGCUGCUGCAUCUGAUCUGCUGGAAAGUUCUGGAUUUUACUGCAAAGAACCAGAAACUGAGCUGCUACUAACACACCUCACAUCCCUGGUCGCUUCUUUCUUCUAGAUGUUUGGAGUGUUUGUGUGAAAAGUUCCACACUACAACUGUUGAUGCUUUAUCAAGAAAAUCCAUCAGAAAAACUGAAGAAGUUGGACCAAAACCAACAUCUAACCUACUUCUGGAUGAUUCUGCAGAAUGGUUUUCUACAUAACAUGAAGGACUGAGUCUGGAAUCCAAACAAACUCAUUUUUAUCUGGAUUUCUUUUUUCUUUUUUGUGAAUGUUUGCUUAGAAAAAUAAAGUUGUUUGCUUUCUUA